AUGCGGUACGCUUUUGUUACAGGCCUCCUCGCUGCGCAGGCAGCAGCUUUGAGGAACGUCAUGUACGUUGACGAAUGGCACUACACCAGCCUGCCUUCGUCCGACUUGGUGUCGUCCGUCACGCACGCCAUCAUGGCCUUUGCGCCUUCGGAGGGCUUCAGCUCCGGAAGCACAUUCACCCCGUUCAUGUCCGUCGACAGCUUCCGAGCUCUCUUCCCCAGCUCAACCAAGAUCAUGGUCGCUCUCGGUGGAUGGGGUGAUAACGCUGGCUUUUCCACCGGCGUAGCCUCCAACGAUUCGAUCACCACCUACGCCAAAAACGUCGCCACCAUGCUGGACACGAUGGGAUUUGAUGGUGUUGACAUUGACUGGGAGUACCCCGGUGGCAAUGGCGAGGAUUACAAGACUACCCCGAACUCGCAACGUACCGGCGAGAUCGACACUUUCCCUAUCUUACUGAAGGCUAUCCGCGACGCUAUCGGAACUGACAAGCUCCUCUCUAUCGCUACCCCCGGUCUGAAGCGUGACAUGAUCGCAUACACCGCCGACAAAGGUCCCAGCAUUUUCGAGCCUGUCGACAUGGUUAACAUCAUGAGCUACGACUUGAUGAACCGCCGUGACAACGUCACCAAGCACCACACCUCCAUCAAGGACUCUCUUGAGGCUGUCAACAACUACAUCGACAUUGGCAUGAACGCCAGCCAGGGUAACCUUGGUAUUGCCUUCUACUCCAAGUACUUCUACACCGACCCAGCUUCCGACUGCGCCACUGAGCCUCUUGGAUGUGCUACUGUCGCCCUUGAGGACGCCCAGGGACAGGACACUGGCAAGUCCGGUGCCGUCACCUUCGAAACCAGCCCUGAAGUCACUGACGCUGUUGCCCUCUCUUCUUGGAGCACUGCCAAGUCCAACGGUAUCACUGACGACGAGGCCGGUGGCCAAUACUACUGGGACAGCACCAACAACAUCUUCUGGACUUGGGACACCCCUGAGCUUAUCAGCAAGAAGUUCACUGAAAUCAUUGGCAAGACUGGUCUUGGAGGUGUCAUGGCUUGGAGCUUGGGUGAGGACAGCCUGGACUGGUCCGAGCUCAAGGCCAUCAACACUGGUGUUGCUGGUUCUGCUUAA